UCAUGGCUUCUAUUUUUGUUGCUGUGCUGUUGAUCUUCUUUAUUCCCUUUGCAGCCAUAGAAGCUCAAAAAAAGACCUCCAAUCUAAUAAAAUUGGGUUCUUCUCUGUCCCCCAUAAGCAAACCCAAUUCAUGGCUCUCACCUUCAGGCCUUUUCGCAUUCGGUUUCUACCCAGAAAAGAAUGGAUUUGCAGUAGGAAUAUGGAUAAUUUGCCACCCAAACAACACUGUUGUCUGGACUGCAAAUCGAGACUACCCACCCGUGUCCUCAAACUCCACAAUUGAGUUUACCAGAGAUGGUAGGCUCAUUCUAAACCUUACCCAGCAAGGCACAGAGUUGGAUAUUGCUCAUGUCAUUGCUGACCGUCGUGCUGUCUCUGCUUAUCUGCUCGACUCUGGCAAUUUCGUGUUGGAGGACAAUUCUUCUGUUAUUUGGCAAAGCUUUGAUUUCCCAACUGACACCAUACUAGGAAACCAAACUCUGUACUAUUAUAGAGGACUAGUUUCUAGUGUGUCACGUUCAUCAGACCACUCAAGUGGCCGUUAUGGUCUUCAAAUGCAGUACUAUGGAAGUCAAAUGCAGGACUAUGGAAAUCUCAUCGCCUACCCAGUAAACUUUACUUUUUUUGAUGCUUACUGGUCCUUUGUUCCAGGAAUGGGUAAGUACUUGUUGAACUUGAACCUCAACUUUAAUGGUCUUCUCUACCUAGGUAAGAAUAUUUCCGAUAUACAACGCACUUUGGCAAAAAGCUCUGCCUAUGACACUAAAACUGUAAUAAUUUACCGCGCAACGCUUGAUGAUGAUGGGAUUUUUAGGUUGUAUUCACACAGAUUUGCGAGCAAUACGAGCUCAAUCGUGUCGAUGGAGUGGUCUGCGAUGCAGGAUCACUGUCAAGUCCAUGGUUUCUGUGGAUUAAACAGUUUCUGCUCACGCAACAGCUCUGAAGCAAACUGUUAUUGUUAUCCUGGUUUUGUUCCUUUCAACCCCAGUAAAAUGGUCCUGGGUUGCUAUAGGAAUUUUACCAAACAACGUUGCAAUAGCGAAGAAUCCUUUCAUUUAGUGAACAUUACUAGUUUGGAGAAUUUAAGGUUUGGAGACCACGCUUACUCUGUUGUACCGAUGCAGAAGAAGGAAGAUUGCGGGAAAUAUUGCCUAGAAGAUUGUAAUUGCGCAGCAGCACUGCAUUUUAGCGGACAAUGCAGAAAACAUAAGCUUCCUUUGAGAUAUGGUAUAAGAAAUUUGAGUGAUUCGGCAACAGCGUUUGUCAAGAUAAGUUCGAAAACAGGUGUUCAACCUAAAAUUCCCAAUCAAUUAAUCACCGGUAGUUCAUACACUCCAAUAGUCGUGACUGAAAACAAAGGACAUCUGAUUUCGAUUCUUGCUGCAAGUCUGGGUUCCCUUGCGUGCCUCUGUAUUGUCAUAGCAAGUUUUAGUUUCCUUGUGUAUAGGCACCGAGUUCACAAGUACAAUAAAUUGUCGGACAAUGCAAAAUUAGGCCUAACAACUGAAGAGUUCAGUUUGCGGUCAUUUUCUUACAACGAGCUUGAAGAAGCGACACAAGGUUUCAAGGAAGAGUUGGGUAAGGGUUCGUUUGGAACAGUUUAUAAAGGGACUCUAUCUGGGGGCGGUAACAAAAAUAUCGUUGUUGCUGUUAAGAGACUAGAGAAUGUUCCGGAGGAAGAUGGAGACAGCCACAGGGAGUUCCGGUUCCAAACAGAGGUGACUACAAUCGGGCGAACACAUCAUAGGAACUUGGUUCGAUUACUUGGUUUUUGCGUGGAGGGUCGGAGGAAGCUUCUUGUCUAUGAGUACAUGAGUAAUGGCUCGGUUGCAAAUGUUUUGUUCAAAGCAACCGAUCAUCAGAGACGUCUUGGUUUUAAAGAAAGAGUGAGGAUUGUUCUUGAUAUCGCUAGAGGGAUUCUCUAUCUACAUGAAGAAUGUGAAGCCUGUAUCGUUCACUGCGGUAUAAAGCCUCAAAACAUACUCAUGGAUGAUUCUUGGACUGCGAAGAUCUCUGAUUUCGGUUUGGCAAAGCUUUUACUGCCAAAUCAUAUGAAAAGCAUUACAGGACAAUCCAGAGGGGUAACAGUAACCGCUGGCCUGGUGUCAUCUUACUUGGCACCCGAGUUUCAGGGGCAGCAGCAACAACAGCAACAGCAACGGUGGAAGCAAGACUUGAUAUCGGUAAAAGCGGACAUAUACAGCUUUGGGGUAGUGUUGUUGGAGGUUAUCUGUUGCAGGAGGAACAUAGAGGUUAACGUGUCCAAUGCAGAUGAGAUAAUUCUUUCUACUUGGGUAUACAAAUGCUUUGUGGCCGGAGAGUUGUAUAAGCUUGUUGGGGAUGAAUGGAAUGAAGAAAUUAGCAGAGACUUGAAGACAUUGGAAAGAAUGGUAAAGGUGGGAUUAUGGUGUGUUCAAGAUGAUCCUGGUCUGCGCCCUUCCAUCAAGAGUGUCAUCUUGAUGCUGGAAGGAACCAUGAACAUAUCGGUCCCCCUACACCCGUCCCCAUGUUCCUUUCAGCAUAAUCCAUGAUCGAUCUAUGUCCCCGGUUUCCCUUCUGCAUAAUCCAUGGUCGAUCCAUGUUUGUUAGAAGAAACCAUGUAUGUGUUUGUUUGUUAUUGUUUGCAUGUGUGUGACUGUGCGCAUGA